UCCUCGUGCGGGAUUAGUAUAUAAGCAUGUUGGAUCCGAGCUGGAUCCGUGCAGAUCAAUUAUCAUCGUCAGUUUGACGAUACACAGUUUUGAGUAUCGUUGCAGUGUAUAACAUCGCCGACAUUCAACCGAAGAGCGAGAUGAGACCAGUACGAAAGCAAGUUGCCAUCACAUUACUAGCGAUCGUCGGUAUAUGCCACGCCGCACGAUUAGAUAAUAUUUAUCUCCCACCUGGUAGCGCUGGAAGUGCGGGCGGACCAGGAUUAAUUCAUCCUCCAGGACGUGGUGGUAGCCGCCCCGUUAAAAUAAGUGGCCCAGUUGGUAGUCUAGGUGGUCCAGGUAGUCCAGGUGGCUUAGGUGGUCCAGGUAAUCGUGGUCCAAUAAGCGGUCCUCCUAGUGGACCAAGCGGAUUCGGUCUCGGAGGCGGUAGCGGUGCUUACCAAGAUGGUGGCGGAUUGAGCGGGGGUAAGCCUGGUGGUCAAGAAAUACCCAUUAUUUCUUAUAGUAACGAGAACACCGGUGAUGGAAAUUAUGAAUUUAGUUAUGAAACUGGAAAUGGUAUCACCGUACAGGAAACUGGUCAUCAACAAGGAGAAUCCGAGUCGAUAAGUGGAUCCUUUUCUUAUACCGGAUCCGAUGGUGUGCAAUAUUCCAUCACGUACACAGCGGAUGAAAAUGGCUUCCAUCCUCAAGGGGCCCAUUUGCCGACGCCGCCUCCGAUUCCGCCGGAAAUUCAACGAGGCGUUGAACUGGCGCUCGCCGCUGAAGCUAGGGGAGAAAAUCAGGAUGGAGGAUAUUCACAUGGAGGAGACAGCGGAUAUCCUAGCGGAGGAAGCGGUCAUGGUGGCGCGUACCAGGGACCGAACUCGUAUCAAACAAGUUCGGGUGGUGGAUACCAAUAUUAGACAGCGAAUUCGUGAAUCAUCGACAUAUCUACCAUGCACAGACACGAAUUUCAUAUUAUUUUGUUUCGGGAUGUACAUAACAAUACAUCAUUAUGUACAUAACAAUAUAUCAUUUAGAUUUUUUAUUUAUACAAA